UCCUGCAUCUGGAUUUGCAGUUUUAUUUCAAGAAUUGCCAAAGAUUUUACUUCGAAUAAAACUGCAAGGUUACUAUUCGAGAGAUUACAUAUGUCGUUCUUCAGUAGUUAUUGCAAGGUUGGUAGUGCGAGCUGUGACAGGGACGAUACAGCGACGGAGAUGGCCACGGCGGAGAUGAUGAGGCACGAGACAAUGCGGCUCAUGACGUACACAAAAUGGCCGUCGUCGUCCUCACAGGAUCCUGCCAGGCUAGCCGAAGCUGGUUUCUUUUACACCGGAAGUGGCGAUCGUGUGAAAUGUGCCUUCUGCCUUGGGGUGCUCAAGAUGUGGAAACUGGAUGAUAUCCCCCUUACAGAACACCAGAGUCACUUCCCUUACUGCAGGUUCCUCCAGGGCAAGGAAGUGGGAAAUAUUCCGUUAAGUCAAGGAAACCCUAAAGAGGUCGCAGAAACAACAUAUCAAGGAAGGGGGAACAGUCAUGCGUUAGUUCCGUGUUGCGAAAUCCAAGGUAGUGUAUUACCUAAUGCACACACUUCAACAGAAGAAGCACUAGCAGGAACGUCAGGCUUACCCCUUAAACCACCGCAAGACAUUAUAGUUCCCUCAGAGGCUCUUAAUACGCUCUCAAAUAUCCAGAACAAAGCUCCAUCUGAAGUUCCAUCUCCUUUUGAAGUUCCAUCUCCUCCCAUUGUCCCAGACUUUACCCGUGAAGUUCAUCGUCUAGCAACCUUCUCCAAAUGGCCAGAAGAGUCCACGGUUUCACCUGAAGAUCUUGCACGUGCAGGGUUUUAUCACGAGCCCCAGGACACCAAGCCUGACCGUGUGAAGUGCGGGUACUGUAGGGGUAAGGUGUACGGGUGGCAAGCUGGAGAUGACCCGUGGAUGGAGCACGCCAGAUGCUUCCCUACAUGUCCGUACAUAAGGCUGUGUCUCGGGGAGGAGAUGCUUCAGGACAUAACAGCUUACAUGGUUGAGUCAGGCAGUUGCUGAGCCGGACCACGACCAUCACAGAUCCUGAUUCAGCACACUUCAUCGUUACCGCCGGAAGUGGACACAAGGAUCUGACCUGGCUAAUUAGACGCAAUUACAUACUUACGUCGUAGAUGUGGUCCAUGUUGUCACGAUGGUGUUACUGAAGCUGCAGCGUAGUUCGUGAAGAUCUUCCUAGGAAAAUCUGAUGUCAGCUGUGUUUCGAAGGAAGCGUUUUCUACGAACCAGUUUUGGCGUUACCUUAUUUUGUUUCUGUCAACCAAACACGCACGAGGGUUUCCCAGAUUAACCUUUAACAAAGGCGUGAUUACAUAACUGUUAUCCUUCGCACAUGAAUUAGUGAAAUACAACCAUGCUCAAUACA